AUGUCAAUUCAGGUCGUAGUAGUGACAAUUCGCUCGACUAUUCUCAUUAUGCUUGCUGCCACCAAUCUACUGCAGCCACAAUUGACUGGCCGACAGCGCAGAUUCCCUCCGGGUCCCAAACUGUUGCCCUUGAUAGGGAACGUUCAUCAUGUUGCUCUGCACUAUCAACAAAAGACGUUCGCUAGAUGGAUGCGCGAAUAUGGUGAUGUCAUAUUUUCCCGGUUACUCAACACGCCUGUCGUCGUUCUCGGUUCGGCUGGUCAGACGAAGCGCGAAGUACUCUUAUAG